AUGCCUCCACCAAAUACCAAGUAUGCACCGCGCAAGUUCAAGGGAGCAUCACAUAGGAUAUUGGAGUUCAUAACCACCUAUGAGAAGCUUCUGCGGCGGAACAAUGUCACGUCGGAUAAGGAGCGAUGUGAAGCAAUACUUCCAUACUGCUCCCAUGUAGUACAGGAAGUCAUUGAAGGCAUGCAGGACUAUGUCCAACCCAACUGGGAAGGACUGCGAGCAACCCUACUGCGAUUCUACAAUGCAGAUCAGAGGAACCUGCGAUUCACUGAGCAAGAUCUGCAAGACUUUGCUGAGGAAAGCUCAGACGAGGACAUAAGAGCAAAGAAGUAUUGGCGGAACAAGAAUAGGACCAAGAAGAAGGAGAAGUCUAAAGGUAAGGCAGUGCGGUUCGAGGACGACAGCAAUGAAGCCAAGGCCUCAAAAGACAUGCAAACAGCCACCGCUGCAAGCAAGGGUUCUAACAGCAAGAAAUCAUCACCAGAGCCUGUGGCGGAGGUUAUAAGGCAAAUGCAGAAUAUGUCCCUCGACAGCAAGGAAUAUGCAGUACGGUAUUACCAGGCAAUCAAGGCGGACGCAGAUGCCAAACUUGUGCUUGCCGCACCAAUAUUGCGCAUCCCACCAGCUCGAGCACCACAACAGGCAUACCCUCUGCCGCCACCUCAAAUACCUGUCAGUGCAUCCGCUUACCAGGCACAGGCAACACCAAUGAUGGCCAGGCCCAGUGGAUGCUUUGGGUGCGAUGACCCUGGACAUAGAAUCCGAGAAUGUCCUGCAAUCAAUAAACUGCUCGAUGAUAAGGUCAUUAUGCGCGGGGUCGACGGUCGCUUUGCAAUGGCUGACGGCUCGCGGAUACCCUGGCGUACCGGUGAAAGCUUAGUCAAAGCAAUUGAGCAUGCAACACCAGCGCAGGUGCACUUUGUCUCGGCCAGCGCACAUGCAAGUUCAAGCGAUGAAGAAGAGGAGCGCCCAGUGUUUGCUCUCACUCGCAGUCAAGGUCCUGCAGGAAAAAUGGCGAAAUACGAGAAUCAAAAGUACGGGAAGGACACUCAGAACUUAGAAUGCGCAAGGCAGCAGUGGUCGACCCUGAAGUACAAGCAAAACGAGACAAAACCGAUACCGAUCAUCCUCACCUUCGCAAGCACGGGGGUACUCGAACGGGUCCCACAACCAGGCGCGCCAGAGUCGGGCAUCGUUUUGACCGCCGCCACCAACGACGACAAUGACGGUACCGAUGUCCCGAUCGGCAUCGUCUCGCCUAGCCUCGGCCACGAAAACCGCCCAGGGACCGCAUCCGUAGGGCCAAGAUCGCCCACGACGUCCAACUCCGCCGUCGCGUUGUCUCCACCUCUGCUCUGGCAGCCGCGGAGAGUCUCGACACCCCCGCACUCCUUGCACUUACGACCCGCAUACCACCGAGUCCCCACUGCGCACGCCAACAGCCCAGGGCUGGGCUCAGCAAGCCCGAACAAGCCCGAGCAAGCCCCGCAACCGGGCGUGCCAGUAUCAACCGCCGCCUCGACCACCGCCGAUGACAACACCGCACACAAAGAUGAUGAUGCCGAUAUCGUCUCGGUCGCUCUCGACUUCAACAGCGCUGUGCCAGCGCCGGGCACCAACUCGACCACCGGUAAUGACGACACCGCGCACAACGACGAUGACGCCGAUAUCGGUGUCGUCUCGUCUGCGCUCGGCCACGAAGACCGUCCGAGCCGCACCGUGUCCGUAGGGCUGACAUUGCCCGCACCAUCCAACUCCCCUACCGCGCCGUCGUCAUCGCCGCUGUGGCAACCGCGGCACCUCCCCGCUCCACCACCCCCUCCGCUUCUACGAGAGGCAGGGAACCGAGCCCUUGCUGCGCACACCGCGAGCUCAGGCUCGGGCUUGGCGAGCCUGAGCAGGGCGAAACAAGAACCAGAACCCGCCGCGCCAGAACCAGGCUCCGGCUCGACAACCGAAUACGACACCACUGCGCACAACAACGAUGGUACCGAGGUCAGAAUCGGUAUCGUCUCGGCUGUGCUCGACCACAAAAACCGCCCGCUCUGUGUGACGGAAGGUACAACGAUGUCGAUGGCCUCGGAUAUUGCUGCUGAACCAUUGUCUCACUUGCCAGGGGAGCGACACGACUCUCGACCCCCGUCGUCGCCAUCACACUCGGAGCAUCAAAACGCCGGUGACAACUCACCUCGCGAGCUUACCAUAGCAUGUGGCUACUCGACGCCGAACUGGGCAUCCAUUCUUCAAGAUCAGCUUCCGCUUCUGCUUCCACUCGUCCCUGAAGCCGCUACCCUGAAUCGCGAGAACCCAGCAGCCGGACGCGUGCAAAUGCGUGGCAACUCGACUCUAUCGCAAGAUCCGGUACCUCGCCGAAUGCCCCCCAUACACCACCAGACCCACGAGCUCCAGCUAUCAAAGUAUCCCGAGGAGAGCUUCUCGAUCACCCUCACCACCACGCGAAGGUCAUCAAGAGUUCCCCUUCUCGCCGACGCGAAGCUCUUCCCGCUCUUCAAAUUCCCCAAUUUGAAACUAGGUAUAGCACAGAAGCGGCUACCGAAUAGCCAAUACUAUCGCUACGCCCAGCACUGCGACGAACCCCGGAUCGAGGAUCGAGAAGAAGACUACCUGCCCGAGUCCAAAAUCAACUCGUCGACGGCCGACGAGGAGGAAGCUGAGCUGGCGCGGCUAGGAAACGACAUGCGGCCUACCGAGCCUACGCCAUCGAUUACGCCUCCGCCGACGGAUUUCGAGGGUCCGCCCCUUCAAAGGAUGACAGAUCCAGGGCACCGGUUCCCCGCUGGGACCGCGUACCUGUCGUCGGACGUGUGCUUCCGUCUGCAUGUCAGUGAGGAAACUGACAGGAACUUCGAGGACUGGCUGAUGCUUCGCGCAGGGUUUAUGGCCCCGCACCUCCCGGGAAUCAGUAUAAAUACGGGUGGACGUGCUCGGUAUGGGCACGCUUUCAUCCGGUUCUACCCCGAGAGCGUACCUCCGUCGCACUUCGACUCACUACACACACUCGCCAUCAACAUGAUGAUGAACUCACUCAAAACCACUGGCGCUGCCGCCCCUGACAUCAACACGUCCGUACCUGCCAACCUCGCAAUGCUUGCCGAUCUCGCCGCCGCCGUCAGUCAGGCUCAAGCUCAGAUCCGGAUCGAUGCCAACGGACACGCGCCGCCUGCCAUCGCGGACUCUCAGCCAGUCGCAGAAGCCAUCCGCCUGGAAGAGGAGGGAUCCCCAUCCUGUAUGAACACGUGUACCUUGCUAUCCGCAGGAAACACUAACCGGAAAACAUGUCCAGCCCUGCCGAAAUGUAUUAUGCACGACGACGAGGACUACCGCCCCAGCGUGGGUUUCAAAGUCCCGCCGCCCCACGGCAACUGGGGUGCAUGCGGUCGACGCCGAGGGCGCGCAGCCACACCGUACACAAAGAAGGGCAAGGGCAAGGGGAAGGAGAAUACCCCGUCGCCGAUCCCGGGCCCACGCUUUACGCCGAAGAAGGUCUUUACUCCGACACGCAAGUCUCCUGGCCUGAUCACGCCCGAGUCGCACCGCCGUCCCGGAGUCUCAUACACUACAGCAGCACACAUCGUCAAACGGCCGACUCUCGCUAACCUGGUCAAUGGUGCCGGAGGUGCCGGCUCGCCGCCGUACGCCGUCCACUCCCCUUCUCCGGGCUCGGGCCUGUCGUACCCGAUCUAUCGCCCGUCGCCCGCCAGCAGCGGCGGUAUCUUCAAAAGUAUCCAGCGGACUAUUGAUCUCUCGAGUCCGACACUGUCACCGCGACGCACUGUCGAUCUGCCGAAGGCCCCCGAACUGCCGCGGAGCUCCUCACCCGCGGUAUCGGCUACAUCCAAGAUGGACACGGAUGAAGACAUCCCUCCGCUCAUGACCGUCAGCAGCAACUCUACGCCAGAUUCGAAAGGCCCUCCCACACCGCAGGUUAGUCCGAAGCCUGCGCGCGGAAGGAUCUAUGUUAUGACGGGAGCUGAACUUCGUCGGCAGGCGUACGGUCCCAGUCCCAAGAAGAAAACCGCCCCUCCUGCGAGGCGCGAGACUGCUACGGAUGCGGUGUGGCAGUCAUCGUUCCGGCAGGCCUUCCGCCUUGGCCAGUCCGUCGCAACGUUCAAGGCCGACAACGAAGCCCGCAUGAACCAGGAGAAGCAGGCGAGACCCGAGCCCACCGGCACGAUCUACGCCCAGCUGUCGAACGGGACAGUCAGCCGUUUCCCAUACUACCUGCCUGCCGCACCCACUCCGAUUCCCACUCCCGUCGACCACGCACCGCGCCCGGCUACCUCUCGUGGACCUCCGACCAACAGGCCGACUUUUGAUGCUGUGGGAGUUUAUCGUCACCUGCACGCCGCGCAGGCACCCCCGCCGACUACUCCCCGUCUGGGACCUUCGGGACAGAUGCCACCACCGCCGGCUCCACGUCCAGCCUCGCGCACGGCUCCGCGACUCCAAGCCGCAGUGGUACCAUGGCCGGGCCAUGCUCCGGCAUCGAAUGCAUCUGCCGGCUCUGAUUCUGGAGCUGCACUUUGCGGCCCGAUUUUGCGCCAGAUUGUUCCGCCUCCGGUCGCGAUGGCCAUUCCGUACCCGCCCCCGCCAGUUCCGACUGCCGCUACACCAGCCAUGUACCCGCUCCCGCCCAAUGCUCUCGUGCCGCCGCAGGUCGCAGCCAUCAUCGUGGAGAACAUGCGGCGAAUGCACAUCCACCAGCAUAAUCUCACGAGUGCCGUGAACGGCUCGGCCUCGCACCUCAGCAGCCUCGAGCGGCUCAUUCGGGACUCAAACGGGGAGGUAUAUGACUUCCUCACGCGGGUUAUGCAGAAGGUAGAAAUCCUCGAGACCAUCAUCGAGGGUUUUUAA